GGAGAUUUCAUUUCCAUUUUACCUGCCAACAUGUCUCAAUCUUGAUCAUGUGAUCCACUGAUUAGCGAAAUUCGAUUUCCUACUUUAACCCAUUAUGACUCUAAAUAUCAAUGUGUUUUUUCUAGUUUUCUGCCCAUUCAAGUUGGACCUUGCCUUUAUCGUUGACACUUCUAAUUCAAUCAAUGCAAAUGAUUUCGAUCAAGUCAAGCAAUUUAUGACUGAAACUAUCGGUAGAAUGGAAAUAAGUCCAACCGGAAAUCAUAUCGCUGCAAUAUCAUUUGGAAACACUGCGGAAAUAUUCAUGCGUUUUGACACCGUCACUGGCGCAAACUUGACUCGACGCAAUCUUGUAAAUCGGUUCGCUAAUUUCCCCAAAAAUGGUGGCUUGACAAGGAUCGAUCUUGCAUUGCUUCUGGCUGAAACAGAUGUUUUUACAGCAGCCAAUGGCAUGAGAACUGAUUCUGAUAUACGAAAGGUAACCUAUCAUUUUAAUUAUAUUUAGACACUGAUAGGUUCCUGGGGCCGGUUGUUAGAAAGCCGAUUAGCUCAAAUCUAGGUUAACCUAAAAUUCAAGGCAAACUUCCUAACAGCUUGUUUAUAAAUUUGGAAAUAUUUCUUCGGACAUCUGGAUCAAUAGGAGUUUACUUCUCUGAAGUGUGGAAAUAAACAGAUGUGCAGAAAUGAACAAACCUAAACCCACCUUUGAACAACCGGCCCAGGACUUAAAAAGGUAGCUGUUUGGCUCUUGUCAUCAGCUACCAAUCGCCUAGCAUUUUAAGGUGAUCUUCAGGCAAUGGUGGAUGCUUGGAAUGCGAAGUUAGAUAUUGCAAAACAUCAGUUUCGACCAUUUUGUAUGAAAAUACCAGACAUUAAUAUCAGCUUUGAUAUCGGAUGCCAGGUUAUUCACCGAAGAGAUCCUUGUGACAAUUGAGCUACUUGGUUAAUCAGAUGUGACUAUCUAACAAAGUCGUCGACUCGAAUCACGUGACUUGGAUUGGUGUCAUGUGACUUUAUAACAAAUAUACUUGCAGGGAGGUGAGUCCGGGAUUGGACGCACCGAGGGUCAUGGCUGGAAGUUUCCCGAACUCACCGAGCGAAGCGAGGUCGGUUCGGGAAACUUCCAGCCACCCUCGGUGCGUCCAAUCCCGGACCCACUUCCCUGCGGUUGGUGAGUUCGGGAAACUUCCAGCCACCCUCGAUGCGUCCAAUCCAGGACCUACCUUCCUGCAAGUAUGUUUGUUAUAGAACAAAAAAAAAUGCUUGUGGCAUGACUUGGACUCGAUCAAACAAAAAAUGAAUUACUUGUGACUUGAAAUGGACUCGAUCGAACAAAAAUGAAUGACUUGUGACUUGAAAUGGACUCGAACAAAAUAAAUGACUUGUGACUUGAUUUGGACUCGAACAAAAAGAAUGACUAGUGACUUGACUUGGCCUCAGAAUGAAUGACUUGUGUCAACGAACCAAAGCUAUAGAUAUUUUAAAAAUAAAGCAAAAUAUUGUGAUAAAUAUGAAUGGACAAAGAUGCUUCCACAGCAUGUUAUUUACCACCAGAAAACAACGCCCUCCCCUAAGUAGCGGCCCACGAAAGUAGUGACACUAACAGCGGAUAAAACCGAGGGUAACGGUUCUGUCACACUAUUGCGUAUUAAGGCCCUGUCACACUAUUGCGUAUGAGAGAAUCAUAUGAGAAGCGCAUGUAAAUUAAUGAAAUAAUUUUUAUACGCACAAAAUUACAAAAAUCCCUUGAAAUGCCAGCGUAUGAGUACCGUACAACAGGUGUACCUCUAGCCCUCUAGCGUAUUUUAGCUAGCGUGUGUCUAGAGUAUACUUAUCGUAAAAACCAUACUUCCGAAUGCGCACAAAUUUUUUAAGCAUGCUUAGAUUGAAAUAUUUCUGUCUCGCCGGGCUUUGCCGUAUGCCAGCGUAUGCGACAGUGCUUGAAACGUAAAUAUAACCUAUACCUAACGUACCACCAGCGUAUCAUACGCUAGUACGAUAUCCAAUAGUGUGACAAGGCGUCAGGGCCUUAAAGGAAUUAAAAAGAUUCGACUUUCUGGAUUUAGUUUGCAAACUCGUAAUUUAAAACACCUACAAAAUUUAGAUAAGAGAUUUAUUUAAACAAAUGUUAAGACAAAAUAUUUCAUAUGGCAUAAGAAAAAUCGAGUAUACUCAGGGACGCCGGAACUUGGGGGCAGGAGGGGUAGCUUCCCCUCUUGACUUUUGCUAGGAGGGGCAAGGGGGGGGAGGCAGAAGUGCCCUUUGAGUUAUAAAAUACUACCUGAUAAAUCACAUUUCCAGUGAUGCUUUUUGGGCAAAAUCACGAGGUGUGAUCUUGAAUGUGACCUGAUUAAGUGCGUUUGCUUUCAUAUAUUGGCAAGUCAACACAUUAUUGCAGGUUUAUAUCUUCACCGGAGUCUAUAGAGGUGUCCUUCAAUUUGGUGUGCGUUUGCCCCCCUUUGUUCCGGCGUCCCUGAUUGUACUAAGUAAAACCGCUUUCACGCCGGGUCAUUUAUGAUGGCUUUUUUUAUAGAUUGCAGUCGUCCUAACAGAUGGUGCACAAACAAUGGGACCAGGAGUACCAGCAGAACCACUGGCACAUAUUGCAAGAAGACUCCAAUCUCAAGAUAUUACGGUCAUGGCCAUUGCUGUUGGCCAACAGGUUCCAAGAGAUCAGUUGUUGAAUCUAACUAACUCCAUUGAAGAAAAUAUUUUGGAGGUUGAUACAUUUGCAAAUCUCGUGAACAUCAUCAACCAAUUUGUCAAUAUAUCUUGUACAGGUGUGUUCUAGUGGCCCAAUACUGUAUAAAUACUGUAGUUCUAAAGCUGGAAAAACGCGCGUCAGUUGCAAGGCUAUUCCGCCUAAUUACCCAGCCCGCGCCAGUUCAGUGAUUCGUGUAUUCACUUAAUUGAAAGUGAGAGGGCAAGAUCGAUUGGCAAAAAUAAAUUUAAAAAUAUUAAACAUGAAAUUCCUACAUCCUUCCCCCCCCCCCCAACGACAUACGUCUUUUUCCGACUACAAUAGUUACAAUACAAAACAUCGCUCUAAUAAAUGACAAUAUGAUCUGGGUCAACACUGCAUGGUGAGAGUUUUAAUGUCAAUUUAUUAUUGACAUUGUGUUUUGCAAACGGCCGUAGAAGGUUGUAUCGAGCUAAAACCAUCAUUUCGCAAUUAGUUAGACACUGCAUUUGUGUGGUUAUUAAAACUUUUCAGUUUCGGUAUAUUUGAGAAGCUGUAAUAGCACCAAUCUUUACAUCUUUACAAUUAUUUCGUAAAUGCGUAUAAUGCACAAUCUCUUGAAGCUAAAUUAUUUCUUCUAUUUUAGGUGUUAACGAAUGUGAAGUGUAUGACGAUGUUUGCCACGACAAUGCCAACUGCAAGGAUUCACUCGGAGCUUAUUCAUGUCUGUGUAAUACAGGAUAUGCUGGGGAUGGUUUUGAUUGUACAGGUAGCUUAUAAGCCUAAAUUAACAGGAGAUCAGACGAAUUCAGAACCGUAUACAUGCAAAAAGUUGUCCAGUGCUAUUUGUUCACAUGGGAAUUCGCAUAUAUAGUAUAGUGUGCUUGGUUUAAUGUCGUCCAAUAUGCAUGUGGAUUUGAAAAGCAAAAUCGUGAAACCUUAUGUUCGUCUUGUUUUAUUAUGCAGUACGUACAAGCACCUAUCACCGUUUGUAUACCUUUUAAAUCAAACUGUUUACAACAAGGCAUUUUUAAUACCAUGGACUGCAGGUGGAGCAUUUGCCCCACUGGGCCCCUUGCUCUGCCCCAACACUGAAGAAAAAAAAUGACCUACUGUAUUGCCCCAAAGACAGGGCCCUAAGACCUGUUUUGAGUAAAUGAGUUUGUUUAAUAUUGAAAAGAAGUUUAAAAAACAAAAUUUGUUGGUGAUUAUACUUAAGCUUAUGUUGUGUUUGAAUGUUUACCAUCAAAUUAUUACAAAUGUCACCAUUAAAAUUAAAAUUUGUUUUAAAAAGCUGAGAUUUUUUUAAAAUGUGUUGUCAGAAUGCAGGAAAUGCUAGUUUCAGAGACCAAAUUUUUAAAAUUUCCUGGAGGGAGAUGCCGCAGACCCCCUAGCUAACACGUACCCGCGAUACUCGGCUCACACCUUCGGCGAUUGCACACUAUCCUCGGGGGGGGGGGGGGGUUAGGGCAAUGAGAGAAUGGGCCCUUUCGCCGGUUUUCCCCACCACUGAAGAAUCCUUAAAAAAUCCACUGGUUUACAAACCGUGUUAGGUGCUUUUAUAUGGUGUAGCUUUUCUACCAUGAAUGGAGUAUUAGAAAACAAUUUAUCCUGCAUAAUAUAAAUGACCACCAUAAUCUUCACGGAACGCCAAUCAAUGUAUAGUGACAGAGUAGAAAACUCUAUUCGCUGUUGAGUAACUAAAGCACAGGCCGAUUCAGAAAAUGACAGAAAAAUUAAUUAAUUCGUAUAAAACCGUUCAACUAUAACUUAAAGUUUAAAAAAUAUGAAUAGACCAUUCCAUUAACAUACUAUGGAAUAUAUGCAAAAUGCAUUAAAACUAAGCAGGUCAGCCUUUGCGAAAUUUUGUCAUAAGUUCAGAUAAUUUUAGGAUUUUUUCUAAGAGAGAGAAUGUGAAUUGUUACGUCCUACUUUAAUCUUAGUUUAGUCUUUGUUUAUUCUAGCGAGGCAGCAGUGAUAACAUGAGUUGAUAUUAACCUCGCACUGGUUGAUUUAAAUGUUGUUUUUUUUCCAGACGUGAAUGAAUGUUCAAGUGGACACGAUUGUGACAGAAACGCUAUGUGUUCAAACACAGUAGGAUCUUUUGAUUGUAAAUGUAACGCUGGAUAUUCUGGUAAUGGAAGACAGUGUCCAGGUAACUACGUCAUUUUUAAAUACUGGAAACUGAUUCCGAUAGAAAUAAAAAUUCCCAGGAAGUAGCGAUCAGAUGAAGUGGGGGCUGCCGGGCAUGGGAUUAUAUGCGAUAUCUUUGAAUACUGUACUUGUUUAUCGAAAACGUAUAGUACAUAUGUUAAUAUACGUAGAAACCAAAUAUAAGAGUCCGAAACCAACUCAAGAUAACGAUUUUUUUAUUAUUUUCUCUGCAUUUUCAGAAACAGGAAAAUAGUUUUUAGGCUAUAUCUCUGAGGAUGAUCCUAAAACUAGAUGUUUACUGAUGGUUACUGAUUUAAACUAAAUGCAUAGGCCGAUUGAAAAACUGGCGAAUAAAUUAGUUUUCCAUUAUAUUUUAUAUUACAAUCUUAUAAAAUGAAACAAACUUAAAGUAAAUAAAUGAAAAUUAAUCCUUUCCCACAAAGUUAUUCACCAAGAUCAUUUACCAUUGAAACGAGGCUAUAGUUGAUCGCUGCGAAACGUUAUAAUAAGUUAUGGUUAUUUUAAGAUUUAGUAUUUCGUAUUUCUGGAAGAAAAAUGUAAUUUUAUUUUUCCUCUUAAUGAUAGUCUUAGUUUAGUCUUUAUAUACUCUAGCGAGAGUGAUUACAUUGAGUUGAAACUAAUCUCGAGAAGAAAAAGUUGACAAGCACUGACUCUUUUUAAAUGUUUUUUAGACGUGAAUGAAUGUGCAGGUGUAAACAAUUGUGACGGAGACGCUACUUGUUCAAACAAUGAUGGAUCUUAUGAUUGUACUUGCAACAGUGGAUAUUCUGGCAAUGGAACACAGUGUGAAGGUAUUUACGUCAUUUUUUAAAUAUCG